GUGCGAGGGGCACCGAAAACCCCGAAGCACGUAAAGGAGACACGUGUGAGUCGCCGCCCUCGAAUAAAAAUAAGUAAUUCCAGUUCAACUCGCCCACCAUUAUUUCGAUCUUCUUCUUCAGAUAAAUUAUAAGAAAUUAAAAAAAAAGAGCGAAAAAUUUCCGUACAAAAAUCCAUUUUCCAGCCAGAGUCUCUUCGAUCUGAAGAUCCUAUAAAAUGGUGCAGUUGAUGAAGAACGACGAAUCAGCAUCGCAGGGCGAGAAGACGGCGGCGCCGCCGGUGAAGAUGGAGGUGGAGGAUUCCUUGGAGGAAGAGCACGGCCCACUCCACAAGCGCCCCAAACAGCAGCAGCAGAGUUUAGGAAUGGAUGGUUUCGGAGUGCCACCUUCGCAAUACAAUCCUCUUGAUGAGCCAAGUCCCUUAGGUUUGCGACUGAGGAAAAGCCCAUCACUGCUGGAGUUGAUUCAAAUGAAACUGUCCCACUCCUCUGUUCCUAAAGUCGGAAGUCAAAGUAAUAGUAAAAAGGAAUCCUCGAGAGCUGGUGGUGCAUCUGGUGAUAAGUUGAAAGCCUCGAAUUUUCCUGGUUCAGUCCUGAGAAUCGGGACCUGGGAGUAUAAAUCAAGAUAUGAAGGAGACCUGGUGGCAAAAUGUUAUUUUGCAAAGCAUAAGCUGGUCUGGGAAGUUCUUGAUGGGGGUCUGAAGAAUAAAAUUGAAAUUCAGUGGUCUGAUAUUAUGGCAUUGAAGGCAAAUUACAAUGAUGAUGCUCCUGGAUCUUUGGAUGUUGUGCUGGCACGGCAACCUCUUUUCUUUAGGGAAACUAAUCCACAACCUAGGAAGCACACUCUUUGGCAAGCAACAUCAGAUUUUACUGGUGGACAAGCUAGUAUAUGCAGACAACACUUUUUGGAGUGCCCACAAGGCUUGCUCGGGAAACAUUUUGAAAAACUCAUUCAGUGUGAUCCCCGCUUGAACUUUCUUAGUCAGCAAGGGGAAACAAAAUUAGAAUCUCCAUAUUUUGAACCCAGAAUUCCCGUUUUCGACGAUCAGAGUGAAAACAAUAAUGAAUUUGAUUUGAAUAGGGAGGGAAGCCCUUCCUUCUUCAGCUUGCAGGAUACUGCUUCACCAUCAGGGCCUCAAUCUUCAUCCUCAAAGAAUGAUGUAGAUGUUCUUGGCAGACAUUCAGAAUCUUACCCCCGUGAAACGCCAUCUCCAAGCUCAGCUAUGGGAACACUGACAGUCGAGGAUAUCAAAAACAGCAGAAUUGAUCAACUGAAGGAAUUCAGCAAUUGGGAUCAGAUCAAGGCUCCUGGUCUCAACUCCUCUAUGUCGAUGAGCGACCUAGUGAGCCAUCUCGAGAAUAGGAUAUUAGAACAGGGUACAUCUGACAAUCCUACUCUCUCGAGUGAGGAAUGGGAGAGCCUUCAAAUCUUGGAUGGCAUAAAACGGUGCUUGUUUAGUGAAACUCAGCACUUGCCAGCCUCGGAUGAGAAAUCACUCAUGUCCAGGGUCGAUUCUCUUUGCUGCCUCCUUCAGAAAGAUGCCCCAGCAGGUUCCAGCAGCGUGCAGCUUAAAAGGGACAACAACCUUAAUCUGUCAUUGAUGCAAAAGGGAGAUGAAUCGAGUAGUGAUGGCUCGCUGUCUACGGAAAAGAAGGCUGGAGUUGGUAACGUCCAUAACGAGGAACCUGAAGAUGUCUCUGGCCCCAACCAGGCGUCGUCCAUGUCAAGGAAAGACUCGGUUGGAGAGCUGCUGCUUAAUCUCCCUAGGAUAGCUUCUCUACCACAGUUCUUGUUCAACAUUUCUGAAGACUACGAAAACCAAGCUAGAUGAGUCGGAGGCCGGGGGUGCGCGUGUCUGGGUAAUUUGUACAUGGGUGUAGUUGUAUGUUUGGUGUCAACAUUUGUGUAGUUUGAGGAUUCGGAAAUUAAGAUUGAUGAUGAAUCCUGUAAUUAUUUAUGUUUUGAAGUUGGUAUCAUAUUUCUGCUUUUGUUUCUUGUUA